GAGAGUCGAGGUCUCGAAGUGUGGUCGCGUUCGGGUUGCGAGUUUUUUAUCAUUUAAUUCUUAUAAACAAUUUUAAUCUGCUUCCCCAGGGAUUUUGGGCCGCGAAAUGAGGUUCCAUGCAAGUGCUUGUGGAUAAGAAGGUGAAUUGUUCGAUAUCUGCGUGUGAAAGCCGCGGUUCGUGCUCGAUAGUUCGCUACAGUGGCAAAGUGCACAAGAAGCAAACGCAAACAAAUUUCCAGGAAUCGUAAAUCGCGAUUCCGAGAAAAAAACCAAAGAAAAAGAUCACGGGGGCGAGCGAGCCUGCCAUCGAGAAGAGUAUACAUCGUAAAACGUCCAAUUUGCACAUUCGCCGCCUACAAAUUGUCGAAAAACGCAAAAACAACUCACAAAUGUUGUCCAAGUGAAGGUUUCGUAAUUUUGAAGAGGUGCAAGCUGCUGGGAGCAAGUGGAAAGAAACAAAUAAACAACUGUCGUUCCGUCGAACUUGUGUUCAGGAGAUACACCUUCCAAGCCGUUUACGUCAGACGAAAUGAAAUCGAAAGGCAGACCGUUGUUUCUUCUUCUGAUAUUAUUACAGAUGACCUAUUCCAUUGCACAAAUAUUUCCAAAGAAUAACAUCGUUAAAAACGUUGGAGAUCAUGUUCAAAUGUGGUGCACAUCAAAAGACCCUAGCAAAUAUCUGUCUUUUUAUAAUGCUAGUGAAGAGCUUCCGAAGGAAAAUAUGAAGAUUGUUAAUGAGACGACGAUAGAAUUGAAUUUGUAUAAUGUCACUACCAUGGAUGUAAGUGUAACUUGUAAGUUCAAUGGAACGCGAGGAGAAGAUAUGCGCAGAAUUAUCGUCGGUACACCACCCAAAGAAAUUGAGGAUUUCCGAUGUCUCUCCUAUGACUUCAAUUAUUUCGAAUGCAAAUUUACAAUGCCUACUAACUUUGUUAAAGUGAAAUACAACAUAACGUAUUCGGUCGGAUUUAGUCCACUGAUUUAUUACUGUCCGAAGGGAAGAGAAGAAAACAAUAAAUAUAUUUGCAAUAUAACCAUAGAAAGCGGCAAGUAUCGUCAAGUUCACGAUGAAUACACAUUCAAAAUACACGCCGAGAAUAAAUUGGGCAAUAGAACCUUUGUGCGUGUUGUCAAGCACUACGAAAUGGUUAUUCCUGGAAAGCCAAUGCUUAAAGUUACGAAUAUUAGUACAAAUAGUGCUCGUAUGGAGUGGGAUGUUAUGAAAACUUUUUACAGUCGUACAGGUCUCGUGUUUGAAAUCGACAUUGUAAGUCGUUACAACGCAUCCAUUAGGAAACCAUGGGAAAAGCUUGACACAAGUAGAAUCAAAUCAAUAUCAGAGACAAAGUACAGUUUCAAUUUAGUUAAUUUAUAUCCGUACAUGUUGUAUGAAGUUAAGUUAAGACUGAAAGUAGCGAAUGCGGCAAACAUCUCUGAAAUGUGGACUGCAGUGAAUGAACAGUUCCGAACUAAAUCCAAAAAGCCUGACAAUCCACCUGCGGUUGAUGUAGGAAGUUUCCUAAAACAAUUGACCUAUAAUACGAGUGCAACAUGGUUUAUUAUUUAUUGGAAAGGAUUGGAAGAGUACGAAAAGAAUGCAGAUGGGUUGAGUUACGUUUUAACGAAAGCUCUAAAGAAUGGCAAAGAAGUGGAUAUACAACCUAAAGAAAACACAUCCUAUUCAGCGAAAUUCGUGCUGGACGAGAAAGCUGAUUACGAGUUUACCUUGCACAGUAGUAAUGUAGAAGGACUGUCAAAAGAAGGGUCAGUUAUAUCAGUCCCGAAACGAGAAUAUCCCGCCCCGCAUUUGAAAAAGAUCUACAAAGAAAUGAGCUAUAUACUUUCAUGGGACGAACCCAGCACUGAAGAUAAUUUAGAAAUUGAUAAUUAUACAGUGUUUAGUUGCGAAGCGGCGAGCGAGACUUUUGAUCAAUGCAAGAGUAACUUAAAUUUCACCCACGUUAGCCGAAAUGUGCGCAACUUCACAUACAUGAUGAAUACACAGGAAAAAAUGAAUUUCGCUGUCUCUGCAAAUUAUUAUGGAGGCGGCAGUUCUGGCAUGAUUUGGGCAUUAUGCACAGCUUCGGCAAAUAGUGAUUUCGGCAUAAUAAAACCUAAGGGACUUCCACAACAUGGUAACACAAUUAAACUAUAUUGGAACGUAGAAUGUGUGUACAGUACAAUGGUGGAAGGUUUCCGGCUCAAUUAUUGUCCUAUUGCUGUGAAUAAUGCAAGUUGCAAAGAACCGUUAAAAUCUUUGAAUAUUUCCGGUUCGAUUCGUGAGUAUUAUCUAACAAAUCUAAAAGCGUACACCACAUACGGAAUAUGGAUGAGUAUGUAUUCUGCUAAAAAACAAGGUCCAGAGGACUACACACCACUUGAAAUAACCACAUUAGAAUCGGCACCAUCCCCGCCUCGAAGGUUAACAGCCUUGAAUAAAACGGAUCACUCAAUUGAGCUACAGUGGGAGGCACCAGAAUUCCAUAAUGGAAUUUUGACUUAUUACAAAAUAUAUUACGACAAUGAACGAGAAAAUAUAACCGCUACAAACGAGACCAAGAUCACUUGGACUAUUAAAAGACUUUCUAGCUACAAAAAUUAUAAAAUUUACGUUACGGCCAGCACAACUACUGAAUCCGAAGCUAGCAAUGAUAUAUCAGUUCGAACUUUAAUCGGAAGUCCGAGCACGACUGAUCAAGUGAACAUCAUAACUGAUAAGGACUCAUCGGCCGUUACAAUAUCGUGGAAACGGCCUCAAGUUCCAUCCGGUCCAAUCGACUUCUACGAGUUGAAAGUGUCUAUUUUCGAAAGAGGUAAUCUGGCAAAUUAUAGGAUAUCUCAAAUAAAUGGAACAAAAUGCACAAUGAGGCAGUUCCAUGAUAAUAUUUGCCGUAAUAAUUGGGAAAAGAUUGAAUUCGAAGUACGUGCAGUGAAUGCGAUCCCAUCUGAGUAUGGCGAAGUACCGGACAGUUUUUCGGAAGAAUAUCCCGGAACACUUGGUAAUCAUUUCCGAUGUCAAGAGGAAAGCAGUUUUUACCAAUACAAUACCAGAUAUUUGAAAGGCGAAUGGUCCACUAAGUUACAACAAAUGUGCUACUACUCCGCAAGUGGUAUACCGAAUACCCUAAUAAUAAUUAGCAUAUUUACGUUCAUUAUAUUUGCCGUGUCUGCCUACUUUUUAUCAAAGAAAUAUAUGAAAAUGAAAGAUAUCGGCAUAACAUUUCCACCAGGACUAACUGACCUUGACCAAGAGUCGGGGCCAAAAGGGUGUGAUAAUGUGAUAAGUAGAGAUGAAAGUAUCCACAGCGAAGAAUCUUUAUAUAAAAACGAAAAUCACAAAUUACUGGAAAGUAAUCGUAUGGAUUCUGGUUACACGAACGGUUUCGAUCGUACGGAGAAAAGUGAUACAGGCGAAUUUGACGACAGUUCAAUUGACGCUAUACGAGGCGAAGAAGACUCGAGCAGUAGACACGCCGAAUCAGUUGAAAUGAGUGAUAUGAGUGACAGUAUGAGCAACUCACCGAUAGAUAGUCCUAAUAUGAACAUUAGAGAAAAUAACAUGCCAGCGCCGAUAGCGCAAAUAUCGCAGCCAAGGCCGCUAAAGAAACCCAUUAUUAUCAAUGGGUACGUACAACAUGAUUCUUUCCAAUCGUUCGCCGAACCAACAAUACCAUACACGUCUUUGGAUGAAAUCCAAAACACGAUAAUACCGAUAAAUAUGAACGCAGCAACAGACAGCAACGGACUGUCGAAGCAUAAAGAUCCGGUCAGUAUGAAUACAGGAGCCCAGGAGAACAUAUGUGGCUACGUUACGCAUAAACAACUAUCAGAAUUCGGUCACAGGCAGCAAUGAAAUUCUUCCGACUGUUAAGAUUCUGAUUUUUCGUGUGUUCCCCGUACAUAUAUGAAUAUAAAUGUCGUGUUUUCUGGAUUGUGAUGGAAAGAAUCAGGUUUUUAUUUAGCAAUCGAGAAGCAUACAGUUCACUAUCCUGAAAUGUCUAGACUGAUUAUAACUGAACACGCUCAACCUAUUUUAGAAUAUUUUUUGUUUAUAGAUUUCAAGACUCAUCGAUCUUUCGUAGAAUGUAGCGAAUGUCAUUUUACUCACAUCAUAUCACUGUGUUGUAUUCAUUGCUUAAUAAUAACCUGAUUUGGUGGUUGGUGAGUAGGUUUCAUCGUGUGAUUGUUUAACUUAGAAAAUGUCUAAACUAAGAUUAUUUUUAUAUUAUUACAUUGAAAAGUGAAAAAGAGAAAAUGCAUCAAAAACUAGAUGGAAGUCAAAAAAGUAUUUAAUUAUUUAGUGAUUACGAUUGUUAAGCUAUACAUGUUUUUUACGUAACUAUUGAAAAUAUGAAGAAAAUCUAAAAUUUUCUCAUUCAUUUAAAAGAUAUUUCCACCAGAAACUUCUUGUUAUGAAUGUCAAUCAAAAUGACUCUUUGAAGUAUGCUCUUAAAAAAUAAAAUAAAACAAAAGCAGAAACCGUCCGUGUAUAUGGAAAAGUUCUUCGAAUUCUUGCCGUUUGUUUCUGGUUUUGUUGUUUUUUUAUAUAUAUAUAUCUGCCCACCAGAAAGCUUUCAAGCUGUUAAAAUGAAUCUCUUCAUUAGAAAAUACCUAAAGUUUCUCAUUGUUGUAGGUAAUAUUCAUGCCUUCUAAGCAGCUGCUUUUAUUUAUAAUUGAUUUCCAAUGAUCGAAAUAAAAUAAUAAAAUCGAAUAUGCCAUAAACCAACAAUUAACCAUAUCUUUAUCAAAUAUGAAGCGAUUAGUGUUUACGUAUUUUAAUUAGUGUAAAAGUUGAUAAUGCCCUUCCUAUUCAUUUAUGAAUUAUGUAUUUAUUUUUACACAAUAUCGAACAAGUAUAUGUUGAUCGAAUAAAAUGCAUCUCAUUGA